GAGCAACACUCGUGGUUCUUAUGUGAGGGUGGGAGAAGAGAGCUCAUUUCAUCACUUUGACUGGACGACUUGCUCAUUUCACUGCUGCUAUAGGACUGAGAUAUCAAGCUGACUUUCAAAGAGACUGUGAUACUUGGUGUGAAAAGCAGGAAAUAUUUCUUUUUCCGUGUCUGUAAUUUUACAGGUCAGAAGCUGCAGCCUCAGCAGGCACUGAACUGCUCAAGAUGUUGAAAAAACUCCUGCAAUAUGCUCGUAGUGGAAAAAUCGGCACCACUGGCACAGGCUUUGGGAUUUUCUUCGCAUUUAUGUAUCUGCAGGCCAAGAUGUGCGCUUGCUCAGGCCACACUUUCGAUUGCAAUGAAAUGGUGGUCGUGCCUGUUUUUUUAAUAUUUUUCCUGGUGCUCCUGAUAGACCAGACAUUUCGGAGCACAGCGGAGCAUCCAUCCACGUUUUUAUGCAUUGUACUCAAGCGCGUUAUCAGAGCGUUUCUAAUCAGUCUGCUGUGGAUUGUAGCUGUGUUGCUUUUCACAGACUGGUAUAGCUGCUGUACCACUGAUGAAAAAAAGAGGAAGCUGUUCUGCGAACCUGAGGGUCUCACAGCUAAUGAAACAGCUCAAAUAACUGAGCUGCAAAUGAAGUCAAAGCUUGCUGCUUACUCUCUGCUCCUCAGCAUGACUCUUGCAGCUUUCUUCAUGACUUGGAGUGGAUGGAGAAAAUGGUUUGAAGAAAAAUACAGUUGGUGCAACAAGAAAACGUUUUACUACAAACUGAUUUUGGAAGAAGAGAAAAAAGUUCUGGAGGAGCUUUUGAGGAAAGAAGCAAAUGAAACUCUGACUAAAGAAAUCAUGAGCAACAUAAAAAGGAAAGACUGGGACGGCUGUUUAAAUGUUGCUCAACAAAUGAUCAAUAAAGCAAAACAUCAAAAACCAGAAGCAACCAACCAGCAGAUCAACUGGAUCAGUGAGGGGAGCUCCAACAGAGGGGGGCAGCAUCAUCAAGCAGCAGCACAUCAGCAGGCACAAAAGUAUGAGCUUCAAGCAUUGUCACAAGAGAUCAGAGACAGCGAACCAUUAUUUGAUGAAUCCUCCUGAAAGAGGAUUAUGAGAGGCAGCUACAGAAUCAAUGCAAGUUACCACAAGAAAUCGUGCCCAUCCAGCAGUCUGUUUUCUGAAUCUUACCUGGGUUCAUGUGUUGGGUUCAGCAGUCUAAGCAGAGACACCCAGACCUCCUUUCCUUUGCAACUUCCUGCACCAGAGGCCCAGUCUCUCUUUAUACAAUCUUUGUCAGACUAUGUAAAGUGUCCAUUUUGUGUUGUUGCUGUUUGUAAUGAUAAAUCUAAAGAACUUUUUUAUUAUGCUUUAUUGUCUCUGUAGCCUACUGAAAAUUCAGCUUUCAGAUUAAUAAAUAUACAAACUGAGUGCUGUAAAUAAAAAAACAUUCAUCAAAAUAAAUUCUUCUGCAAAAAAAGUCA